UCUUCGCUACCUAGGUCGAGGAAAGAGGAAGAUUGUCUGGUCCUGGCAUCUCCAAGCUGUGCCGAGGGCGGGGGUGAGUGUGUGAGGGUUGGUGGUUGGACGAAAAUCAACAACGGCAACGUCGGCGUCAGCAGGGCCGCGAAGCAAGAGAUGUUGAAAACUAGAAAGAAGCCGAAAGCAAUACAAAUCAGUUUUUGUCGGUCCGUGCUCUCGUAAGGUCAGCCCAACGCCACACUAUGUGUUUAAUAGGGAGGAUCCGCUUAGGAGGACAACUUCGGGCUGCAUGCGAAAACUAAAAAUCAAUUUUGUUCGUUGUCGUUACUACAUAUUUAUAUGUCUGUGUACUCACAAGGGACUUAGCUGCCAGCAAGAAAAUCGUGAUCCUGAUUACAGGUUACCAGAUUGCCACGCCUCUGCAAACUCAACCACUGAACAUGCUAAACUCCAGCGCCUGUUCGCGAUCCGAUUUAGGAAAGUGCCCAGCGACCUCAUUAGUGUCUGCGGCGAACAGAUUUCCGCCCCAAUAUUCAGCCAUUUUCGUGGACAAUCAUCACCUCAACGGAAGCUCGGAAUCUGUUAACGUACAGUUACGCAGACAACUAUCUGGACAGUUAAGUGAACAUCUGCUGACCGGCAAUGUUAGCACGACUUCCUAUUUGCAGUAUCUCCAGUACUGUCAAUCGCCACAAGUAAUGCACAGCCUGGGUCUCGGACUUGGCCAACAGCAUCAGGCCCAUCUUGUGCAUCAUGUGCCCAGGACGAUUUUUGACGUGGGAGUGCCACUGGCGGGAAACUCCGCACAUGUCGGAAACUACAUGGCCAGUACCAGCAUUCAUUUACCUGUAGUACCUGUGUCGAGUGGAGACCUUAGUAGGGAAAACGCUAUUCGGAAGUGUUUCCAACGUCCUUCCCUACCCUUUGUGAUUGGUAUUCUCGCUCUUGGUGGCGUGGCGUGCACUCUAGGCGGCAUUGUGCUGGGCAGCACAGGUCUCAUAGAGCACUCCACUCAAUAUCUAAGCGCUGCUCUAUUGAUGAUUGGUAUCGGAGUUUCAUUAUUGGUGAUUUCGGGGGCCGUUUGGAGGCUGAGUUUGCCAGACGACGUCGACGAUUGUCUAUGUUUUAGGCAGACUGAAACUUGCCGUCAUUGUAAUAGUCCGCAUUGCCACAACCGAGUUCUUCCUGAAAGCUUUUUGCAUACAGAAUUUCAGAAUCGACAGCCGCCGCCAUCCUAUCUAACAUCUCUUAACGAGUAUGCUUUGGUCUACCACCAUUCGACAGCUGCCAUCGUAGCUCACACCCCAUUACGAUUGAACACUCCUCCACCGCUAUAUAGUUCUACGUACUCCCUAAACACAUCAACUACGAUUGAUCCUUCUGAAAGACAUUAUUUUUUGCGAACAAACGAGUUUAAUGCGGGUAACCAGGCGGCAGCCGUGUAUACCAGAGAGGAUGUCAGCGAUACAUCAUACAAGGAUAUAAUUAUCGAUGAAGCACCUGCGGCUGAAUCUGCGGGUCGACUCUCCUAAAACUUAUGACACUAAGAAUUUUUUGGAGGAGCCGGAACUUGACUUGAUCGUGUUUACCUGAAUUAAGCGAUCGAGCAGCGGUUAAACUACUAUUUGUAAUUAUAAAACCAGAAUGAACGUUAUAGUCUAGUAUCCCUACUAUAAGAUACUCGUUACUCAGCUUAUGAACUUAAAAUCACGAAGAAACGCUAUAGUCAAGUGCCCCGACGUUAGGAUACCCGUUGUUAAACCAAUUUAAAAAUAAAUAUGCCCCGAGAGAACAAUCGAGUUUUAAGUGGCGUCAUCUACCGUGUAUUUGAAGAAUGUUUUUUUUAGUAAAACAAUAUCAAUGAUCUAAAUCAGUUAAGCAGAAGUGGAAAUAAAUAAUAAGAGAAAACGCUAUAGUCGA